AGGCUCACAUGCUCCUGUCCCACUGACGGUCCAACCCCAGACCCGUCCCACCAGUCACGGACGACAGCCCGACACCCUCCCUAUGGACACGCCACAGACGGUCCAACCCCAGAACCCACGCGCUUCCUGCCUUCCUCCUCUCUCCACCGUCUCCCGCCGCCCUUCCGCCACGAGCCGUAUCCAACUCAGCGGGUAAGUAAACAAUUUUUGCACGCAACAAUACCGAAAUAACGAUAUUCCACGAUGCCGGAAGGCGAGCGGCCGAGGCAGAGUAGAGCUUCGACGAGCAGAGAAACGCGCGUGUCGUUGAAGUUACUGUUCCGAGUCGCCUCGAUCGCCGGCGGGAUACAAUUCGGGUGGGCUUUACAGCUGUCUCUGCUCACGCCAUACGUGCAGGAGCUCGGAAUCCCUCACGCUUGGGCCAGCAUCAUCUGGCUUUGCGGCCCGCUUUCCGGCCUGUUCGUUCAGCCGCUGGUCGGACUCGUCAGCGACCGAUGCACGAGCCGGUUCGGCCGCCGCCGCCCGUUCAUCCUCGGCGGCGCAAUCUCCAUCAUGAUCUCCGUUCUCAUAAUCGGUUUCUCCGCCGAUAUAGGCUGGCUCUUCGGCGAUCGCGGCAAGGUUAAGGUACGCGCCAUCGCCGCCUUCGUGGUAGGGUUUUGGAUUCUCGAUGUUGCCAAUAACGUGACUCAAGGCCCUUGCAGAGCGCUCCUCGCCGAUCUUACCAAGAAGGAUCAUCGAAGGACUCGCGUAGCAAAUGCAUACUUCUCAUUGUUUAUGGCUGCUGGCAACAUACUUGGUUAUGCAACUGGAUCUUUCAGUGGCUGGUAUAAGAUAUUUCCUUUCACCCUAAGUGAUGCUUGCGCCGUCAACUGUGCAAACCUUAAGACUGCUUUCCUUCUUGACAUCAUUUUCAUUGCAAUUGCAACAUUUAUAAGCUUAUCAGCAGUCAAAGAGCAGCCUCUGGAUUCCCAUUGUGGUUCUGUUCAAACCGGUGAAGAUAGUGAACAAAUCACCCAUGGCCAGGAAGAAGCUUUUCUCUGGGAACUUUUUGGGACAUUUAAAUACUUUCCUGCUACUGUGUGGGUUAUUCUGCUUGUCACUACUCUGACUUGGAUUGCCUGGUUCCCAUUUACCCUAUUUGAUACUGAUUGGGUGGGUCGUGAAAUAUAUGGGGGUGAGCCAAAUGGAACAAAUUAUAGUAAUGGAGUUAGAAUGGGGACACUGGGUCUAAUGCUGAAUUCUGUGGUGCUGGGAAUAACUUCAGUGUUUAUGGAAAAGCUUUGUGGAAAAUGGGGUGCUGGUUUUGCAUGGGGAGUAUCUAACAUUGUCUUGUCCCUGUGCUUCAUAGCAAUGCUUGUAAUCACUGCCAUCAGAAACCACAUGGAUAUUGGCAGUAAUGAUCAUCCUCCAAAUGGCAUUGUUAUUGCUGUGAUGAUAGUAUUCACUAUUCUUGGUGUGCCUCUAUCUAUAACUUACAGUGUUCCAUAUGCAUUGAUAUCUUCACACAUUGAGAACUUGGGUCUUGGCCAAGGACUAUCAAUGGGGGUACUAAAUCUGGCAAUUGUUGUACCUCAGAUAUUGGUUUCCGUUGGUAGUGGACCCUGGGAUGAGCUAUUUGGUGGAGGCAAUUCACCUGCCUUUUUUGUGGCAGCACUCUCUGCAUUUGCCGCUGGACUGGUGGCCAUCUUGGCUAUUCCCCGAACCAGAGUCCACAAGCAGAGGAGUCUUCCUUGAGGUGCUAGUGAAAUUAAAAGGCAAACAUACUCAGUUUCAAAAGGUCUUUACACUUAAGUGUGGCUGCAUAAUCUUCACCCAAGUCAUUAGGGUGCUGGGCUGGCUUAUGCGAGUGGAGUCGUAUCCCGUUGCUCAAUCAAAGAGCUGAAAGGAUCACGCGUUUAUGGUUGAGGUAUUUUUGUCAUAUAUUCAUUUUGUUUCACUAUCCCACUCAAGAACAUACAAGCAAAGGCUUUUGUAAAUAAGGUGUCACCUCAUUUGCUAUACCUAGAUGAGCUUCGUAUGAAACAUAUGCUUCAUGCAUGGCUCUCUCUCAUUCGUUUAGCUAGGUUCCUCUGUCAUUUCCUUUUGCUGGCAAUGCACUUUAAAUACUAGAGCUUCUAUACACACACCCAAACUACAAACAUUCACAGUAGCAAUUGUCUCAAUAUUUCAAUGUAAUGAUGGUUGGUCAUUGUAAUAUUUCAAGUCCCGAAAAACUACGGUGAGCAUGUUUGUCUGCAUUUUUCCCUACUUCACCCAUAGAUUUUCUUUGCCUUAUACCUCUAGCAAAGUAGCCAACCCGGUCACAUAAUCAAUCAAAAUUGCAUGG